AUGAACAUAAUAAUGGACAUCUUGAACAGAGUCGUGUAUGCAGAAGAGGAUUAUUUAGCCAACAGAGUUGGUAGAGAGAGAUUGCUGGAGGACAUAAAGCAUCUUCGGAAAGAGUACAAGACUUCAAUAUCCAGUGAUUCUGGUAGAGAAGGAAUAAAGUUCAAAAUGGCACUAUUAUUUGUUCUUAGAAGAGUAAAGCACAAGAUUCUGUUUGAAGACAGACUUGUGGAGGUUAUCGACUCUGAGAUAACUUUUAUUAAAGAGUGUGUGAAAAGCAUAAUAUCGGAGCCUAUUAGGACUGGUCUGGUAGAGGCCACCAAGUAUAUUCAACACGAAACAGAGCGUAAAUGCUCUAAGCCAAAGACCAGGGCCAACUUUCCUAUGGAUACUUCCCAACUUUUGAGAUCUUGGCUUAAAGAGAACAUGGACAACCCAUAUCCAUCAGAUGCAGAAAAGGCCUACCUUUGCCAGAAGACUGGGCUCGGACCGGCGCAAAUCAACAACUGGUUUAUAAACGCUCGAAGAAGAAUUCUGCCGUUCAUGAAAGGAAAAUGUACCAACUUCAAAUAA